CAAACCCCCUCUCCUCUAUCUCAUCUCUGAAAAAAGGAAAGUCAGAAAAACUCCUGCCCCAAACCGCCUUCCUGCUCUCUCUUUUUUCUUCUGGCUAUUCUCUCGCGCACGCGCCGGAUCCCCGGCGCCGGGGGGGCCUUCGGCGAUUCACCCCCACGACUGGCGCGGGCAGAGAAGAAAAGCUUACUGCCCUGCUAGGAGCCUCGAGCAGGGCUGCCCACGGCGUGUGCCGGAAUCAUCCCUCCUCGCUCCUCCUGACCAGCUGACCUCCGAUGGGAUGGGGAACCCUCAUAUCCAGGCGCCUCAAAGUUUUUUCAUUGGCGUUGUUCGUCUACUUGGACUAUAAGGCUGUUCAGAAGAGAGUGCAGUGGGUUAGCGCUGUUAAGAAGCACGCUAUAUGGGCAAAGACGCACGAGCGCAAUGCUCGUCGUGUUCUCAACCUGAUGAUAGAGCUAGAAGGUUUGUGGGUGAAGAUGGGCCAGUAUUUGUCCACCAGAGCGGACGUGCUUCCUGAGCCGUACAUAGAGGUCCUGAAGCAGUUGCAGGACUCGCUUCCUCCACGCCCUCUUGAAGAGGUUCGUGGAACCAUAGAAAAAGAACUUGGUAAACCCAUGAGUGAACUCUUUGCUACUUUUGACCUUGACCCUCUUGCAACCGCAUCAAUAGCACAGGUUCAUCGUGCAACUCUGGAAGAUGGCAGAGAAGUUGUUGUGAAAGUUCAGCAUGAUGGUAUCAAAGAGAUCAUAUUAGAGGAUUUGAAGAAUGCAAAAUCAUUGAUCGAAUGGAUUGCAUGGGCAGAACCUCAAUAUGACUUCAACCCAAUGAUUGAUGAAUGGUGCAAGGAGGCACCCAAGGAACUUGAUUUCAAUCAUGAAGCAGAGAACACUAGGACCGUCUCCAAGAAUCUUAGUCGGAAAACUGAAGGUGGGAGUGGCAGUGUUUCCAGUGAUGUUGAUGUACUGAUACCAGAAAUUAUUCAGUCUACUGAAAAGAUUCUAAUUCUGGAAUACAUGGACGGAAUUCGCUUACAUGACAAUGAUUCAUUGGAAGAAUAUGGUGUCGAUAAGAAAAAACUCGUUGAAGAGAUAACCCGUGCUUAUGCUCAUCAAAUAUACAUUGACGGUUUCUUCAACGGAGAUCCUCAUCCUGGCAAUUUUCUUGUAAGCAAGGAACCUCCACACAAACCGAUUCUCCUUGAUUUUGGGCUCACUAAACGCAUAUCACAGUCGAUGAAGCAAGCACUAGCAAAGAUGUUUUUGUCAUGCGCUGAGGGGGACCAAGUGGCACUGCUGUCAGCCUUUGCAGAGAUGGGGCUUAAGCUUCGAGUUGACAUGCCUCAGCAGUCUUUGGAGAUUGCCUCAAUAUUUUUCCGCCAGUCCACUACAGCAACUGAAGCGAAAGAGAACAUUAAAGCAUUGAAUGAGCAAAGAGAACGAAACGCCAAAGCUCUUCAAGAGAAGAUGAAAUUGAACAAGAAGGAGGUUAAACAUUUCAAUCCUGUUGAUGCUUUCCCUGGGGAUGCGAUAAUUUUCAUGAGGGUCUUGAAUCUUCUUAGAGGGCUUUCGGCUUCACUGAAUGUUAGGAUAGUUUAUCUAGACAUCAUGAGGCCAUUUGCUGAAUCAACUUUGCUAGGGAGUAUGACACGCAGUCCCUCAACUAACAGCGAGUGGAUCUAUGACUCGCCUGUUAACUCUGAAGUGGAGUCUAAACUGAGGAAUCUUCUAAUUGAGAUGGGAAGCGACAAAAUUUUGGGUUUACAAGUAUGCGCAUACAAAGAUGGAAAGGUCAUAAUAGAUACUGCUGCUGGCACAUUGGGGAAAUACGAUCCGCGCCCCGUUCAACCUGAUUCUCUGUUUCCGGUUUUCUCGGUGACAAAGGGCAUCACUGCUGGAAUGGUACAUUGGCUCGUCGAUCAAGGGAAGUUGAAGUAUGAAGAAACAGUUGCCGAUAUAUGGCCAAAAUUUGGGACUAACAAAAAGGAGCUAAUCAAGGUGCACCAUCUUCUCAAUCAUACAUCUGGUUUGCAUAAUGCUCUGGGAGAUGUGAUCAAAACCGAUCCUCUGUCGGUAUGUGACUGGGAAGAGAUGCUAGACCAGAUUGCCAAAUCUACACCUGAAACUGAGCCUGGUUCAUCACAAAUUUAUCACUACCUAUCCUUUGGUUGGCUGUGUGGCGGUCUCAUAGAGCAUGCAUCAGGGAGGAAGUUUCAAGAGAUCCUAGAAGAGGCUAUUGUUCAUCCUCUUCACAUCGAAGGAGAGCUAUAUGUCGGAAUUCCUCCAGGUGUUGAAUCUCGCCUGGCAACACUGACAGUCGACAUGGAAGAAAUUCAGAAGCUAGAAGGGGUCAGUCCAGGGCCAGACAUCCCACCGGAACUGUUGAGCGGCAUUGCGCAGAUGGCGGCUGGCGUACCAGCUAUGUUCAACACGCUGAAUGUUCGCCGUGCCAUCAUCCCGGCCGCCAACGGCCACUUAUCCGCCCGUGCGCUGGCUCGGUACUAUGCGGCGCUGGCAGCCGGUGGCGCCAUUCCCCCGCCGCACUCCAGCAACGCCAAGCCACUCCUGGGCAGCCACGUGCACACGCCCGCGUUCCCCACCGCCGCCACGUCCAAGAAGAAGAAGAAAGGCUCCUCCAAGAAGGGCAGCGGGAGCUCUCUGGAGAAAGGCGAGUACGUGCAGCUACGCACCAGCGACGCCGACAGCGAAGCAUCGGCGGCAACAGGGGGUGCCGGCGGCAGGAUGUUCAGCAACAGCGACAGCGGCAUCAUGGACGCGUUCAUGGGGGUCGGCGAGUACUCGGGCAUGAUCCACCCGAACGGCAAGUUCGGGCUCGGGUUCAGGAGGUACGGCAAGUCCGGCUGCGCGCCGACGGGGUUCGGCCACUCAGGGAUGGGCGGGUCGAACGGGUUCUGCGACCCGGAGCACGGGUUCGCCAUCGCCGUGACGGUGAACAAGAUGGCGCUGGGGUCCGUCACGCGGCGCGUGGUGCGGUUAGUGUGUGAGGAGCUGGGCGUGCCGGUGCCCGACGAGUUCUCCGUCGCCGGGGAGAAGGGGCCCGACAUGGUGCUCAACCUCGCCCCGCCGGCGGAGUAGGCUGACCUGUGGUAGGAAUUUGAAAGGCACGGCAUUGAUUAACACGGUAGAUAUUUUAUACACACGCGCUGGUCAUUUUGACGGGGCAUUUUUACACUGUAAAACUUCAGUAACGGCUUGUACUUAUGGAGAUGUAAUUCUUGAUGUGAAUGAUGGCAAAGAGGAGAAUGCAAAAUUGACUCUGAGGGAAA